UGGACAACCUUACAUGCUUCAAUCGAAGAGCUCAAAUCCCAAAUACGUCAAACGGAAGAGCGAAUUACUGAAAAGCUUUGCAAACAGAUCGUUUCAAAGAAUUCAACUCUCAAAACUUCUUUUCAGAGGUUGUCAGAACUAGAUGUAUUUGCUAGUUUUGCCACUUAUGCUGUUCAACACGGAUGCGUUCGACCGAUGCUCCAUACAAACAAGAAAACGGUCUUGAUUGAUGCUCGUCAUCCGGUGGCUGAACGAGCCUUGUUGAAGACGGGUGAAAGCUUUCAGCCUAACUCAAUCACUAUGAAGGAUGAUGAUGGUCUCUGUCAGAUAAUCACUGGACCUAAUAAUGGUGGCAAGUCGACAUAUUUGAGACAGGUGGCUAUUGCUCAUGUACUUGCUCAAGCCGGUAGUUUUGUACCAGCCUCAGAAGCAAGAUUAGGGAUUGUGCAUAGAAUCUUUACCCGAUUUGGUUCAUAUGAUAAUAUGGUACUUGGUAAAGGUACGUUUUUGGUCGAGAUGGAAGAGAUGGCCAAGAUUUUGAAUCGAGCUGAAGGUUCAUCUUUGGUAAGCGUUCACCUUCAGAACUCACUCGAUCAUGAUUACCAGAUUCUCACAUGCACAAUUUGGCUAGGUUGUGAUGGAUGA